AUGGCAGAAUCAACAUCAUCUAACAAGAUGGAAAUUGCAGAAGAACACGGGGAGGUUAACACUUUGACUGCCACUGCGAAGUCAUAUGUUUUUCCCAAGACGCCACGGCAUUUGUUUAGCGUGUAUCUUACUGAUGGUCACCGAAUAAUAAGGUGUGUUUAUGAUAGUAUUUGUAGAUUACCCCUCAAAAAUAUGGAUACAAACAGUGAAUAUAUUACGAGCGUAUCCGAUGAGUCUUCAUCGGACGACGAAAUAAUUCAUAUAUCAUCCACGAUAAGGCGGCGGCAAAUUCAAUCGGAUACCGAAAAUGAAACAGAUCUCGAAAAUGAAGAUGAGUGUAAUAUAGAUGAUCACGAAUGGUCACGUAAUGUAACACGAACGGAGAGAAAUGUAAUUUCAUUUGUGAAAUCCACAACUGCUCUACAUAUCGAGGGUAAUAUGGCAAUUAACUUUUACUCUGCUUUUGUUACGGAAGAAAUUCUGCAAUUAAUUGUUGAUGAGACCAAUAGAUACGCUGAACAAUAUAUGCAAAAUAGGAGAUCCUCCCGUUUAGAUAAAUGGACUCCAACCGAUAAGAAUGAAGUAAAACGCUUUUUCGGGCUCUUGAUAUGGAUGGGCCUGGUGAAAUUACCAAAAUAUGACGCAUAUUGGUGUACCAGUCAAACCUACUGCCAAUCAUUUCCGAGAACAGUUAUGUCGAGAAAUAGGUUCGAGUUGCUGCUACGAUUCCUUCACUUUACCGACAAUCAAACAGCAAACGUAGAAGAUAG